CCCGGAAAGAUGGCGGCGGCGCGGGCAGGAGGCGGUGCGGUGCUGCUGCGGCGGCUGCAAGGCGGCGGCGGCGGCGGCGGGGCCUUCAGCGGGGCGCGGGCGUACUCACGGGAUGCUGAGGGCAGCUGGUUCCGCUCCCUGUUUGUGCACAAGGUGGAUCCCCGCAAGGAUGCCCACUCCAAUCUUCUGUCCAAGAAAGAGACCAGCAACCUCUACAAGAUCCAGUUUCACAACGUGAAGCCAGAAUGUCUGGAUGCCUACAACAGCCUGACGGAGGAGGUGCUGCCCAAGCUGCAUUCGGAUGCCGAUUACCCUUGUGACCUGGUUGGGAACUGGAACACGUGGUAUGGGGAGCAGGACCAGGCAGUGCACCUCUGGCGCUUCUCUGGUGGGUACCCAGCCCUCAUGGACUGCAUGAACAAGCUGAAGCAGAAUAAGGAGUACCUGGAUUUCCGCAAGGAGAGGAGCCGCAUGCUGCUGUCCCGCAGGAACCAGCUGCUGCUGGAGUUCAGCUUUUGGAAUGAGCCCCUGCCCCGCAAGGGGCCCAACAUCUAUGAGCUGAGGACCUACAAACUCAAGCCAGGGACCAUGAUCGAGUGGGGCAAUAACUGGGCUCGGGCCAUAAAGUACCGCCAGGAGAACCAGGAGGCAGUGGGCGGCUUCUUCUCUCAGAUCGGGGAGCUGUAUGUCGUGCACCACCUUUGGGCCUACAAGGACCUGCAGUCCCGUGAGGAGACGAGGAACGCGGCGUGGAGGAAGCGGGGCUGGGAUGAGAAUGUCUACUACACGGUGCCGCUCAUUCGGACGAUGGAGUCUCGGAUCAUGAUCCCCCUGAAGAUCUCCCCGCUGCAGUGAGCUGGGACACGUGCUGCCUGCCCCAGCUCUGCUGGGAAGUGCUGGGGGCAUCUUCUCCCGUUUUGGGGUGUCUUGGUGGGGGGGGGGGUGAGAGCCCGACCCCCUGGGCUCCUCCCAGUUUGUGGGGACCUGCAGGUGCCGCAGUGCACCCCGUGUUGCCAUUGGCCCUCCGUGCUGGGGGCAAACCCUCAGAAGCCCUCCUGAGAGGUGGGCUGGGGGCUGCUCAUAAUUACCGCUAACGAGAUGCUCGUCGGGUGCCUGUCCCCGCCGGGCUGUGGGAUGUGACCAAUUAAAUAUUUAAUUGCCA